AUGCUCCUGAAGAAGCCUGGGCAGGCCCCUGCCCACCUGGAAGCUCGGUUUCUGAGUGCCAGCCUGCUGCCUGCACCCCUCGGCUCCCACUCCUACCGGUCUUUCUACACGGGAGUGUCAGAUCCUGGCCCAGACCUGCCUGCCUUCACUGCCCUGAGCUACGUAGAUGACCAGCAAAUUCUCCACUAUGAUAGUGAAACACAGAGAGUGGAGCCACGUGCAGAUUGGGUGCAGGGGGCCGUCGACCCAGACUACUGGGACAGGGAAACGGAGACGUUGCGGGGCUGGGAGCAGAAAUUCAGAGUGAAGCUUCGCACCUUGCAGUUUCGCUACAACCAGACGGGCGGGUCUCACACUCUCCAGCUCAUGUACAGCUGUGAGCUUGGUGAAGAUGGCAGCCCUGGAGCCUAUGUGAAGUUGGGCUAUGAUGGGAGAGACUUCCUCAGCUAUGAUCCUAAAAAGCGCACCUGGGCAGCAGCCCCAGCAGAGACCCAGGUCACCCAGCGCAGGUUAAAUGAGUAUAAGGCCUUUCUUCAGAGUGCAGCAACCUACAUGGAGGAGACCUGCAUCGAGUGGCUGCAGAAGUACCUGCAGCACGGGAAGGCAGCGCUGCAGAGUAAGCACCCUGUGGCACAGGUGAAUGACAGGCCGUCAUCCCGGGAUGGACUCACCACCCUGUCCUGCUGGGUCCACGGCUUCUACCCCAAGGACGUGGCUGUCGUCUGGCUGAAGAACGGGGAGGCGCAGCCCCAGGAGACGAGCCGCUCAAGGGUCCUUCCCAGUGGAGAUGGGACCUACCAGAUCUGGGCCACCAUCGAGAUCAACCCCAGCAGGAACCACGAUUACACCUGCAGUGUGGAGCACGUGAGCCUGGGUGCAGCCCUGAGAGUGGCCUUGGACAAGAGCAGGGUGGAGCCUGAGUUCAACCUGAUGCUGAUCACAGGCCUGGUUGUCACUGUGGUGCUUGUUGUUGCCGUGUCAGGCUCAGCUGUUUCCUUCCUCAGGAGGCAGGGAGUGGGGUACAGAGCAGCACCUGCUAAAUGGAUCCUGGUGAAGUCUGCGCCACCUCCUGAGGGGCUCAUGGAGGAGGAGAGAGAACAGCACAGAGCAACGCACUUCAGCCUAUUUGCACCUUCAUUUUAGCCAUGAUUCUGCCAGAGCAAAGCCCCUUGCCCUCGGACAGCAGAUAGCUCAUGUGUGACAUGGAAACUCUGCUUGGCUGCAGCCUGGCAGGGGUGGGAGCAGGGGUGUUCUGGGCAUUGCUUAUUGUGGUUUAGCAACGUUCCUUGUUUGAAACAAAAGAAAAAACAAGUUAGAGGUGAGAUGCCCUGGAGAAAGGAGUCUUAGAGCAGGGAAAUGAGCAGGGGCUUGCAUGAAUCGGUGCCCUGAAGCCCCCUUCCCUCUGUCUCCAAGUUAACUACAACAUAAACUUCACAGUGUCUUUUUGCAGGGACUAAGUUGCUGUUCAGCUUGUGUAGUUCCUGUCUGCUGCUCCGGUUUGCCCAGUGCACAGUGCCUGCUCUCUGCAUCCUGGGAACAACUGCAGGACAAGGCUGUGUCCACAGGGUGACUCGCACCAGUAGCACCAUCAGGACAUGGAUCAAACUGGGAUAAGAGGAAUUUCUUAUCUAACCUGGUGCCCAGGUGGCUGAACACCCCGCUGCUGUCCUGGAUGCCAGACUGCACCGGGGCAUCAGCUGCUUGGUGCUGGGUGUGCAGAGGAGGCCUAGGCUGGGCAGGGGCAGCCCCAGAUGCUCUGGUCCUUUUCCCUGGCCUUAGGUCCAAUGGACACAAUCUUGUUUUCCUCCUUUCCCUUUUCCUUUUGUUUGGGGUGAGAAGGGGGGAGGAAGAGUUUAAGACUGUAAGAGCUUCUUUAGAGAAUAAAUGUGCACAUCUGGCAGCUUGGGACUAUUUCAAUGCAUGUGCUCUCUCCCCAUCCUGUUCGGAGGCUUCUCUGGGAUGGGGCUGUGGCUGUGGAGGGGCACAUCAGGCCACAGGAGCAGUGGGGAGGCUCAGGCUGGACAUCAUGGGAGGUGCUGGGGAGCUGUAGCUGUCACCAGGCAGCAUACCUAUCCCACCAUGUCCCACCCUGACAAGGCUAGUUCUGAGCCUCCUCCUGACUGCAACCAAGCCAUGUCCUGCGACCAGACUGGGAACUUUCCCCAGGGUCCCUUAUUACCAGGGCGGCACCUGUCUGCUGGCAACAGGAUCUGUGUGAGGGCAGGGCCCCUCCUGCUGCUGCAGUCCUGGACACCUAGGUUCUAGUGGUGAAAGGGGGAGCAGGGUCUGUGGGUUUGGACUAGGGGAGCUGGGAGCCAGGACUCCUGGCUUCUCUCCCAGCUCUGAGCAUGGUUUGAGGUCUGGUGGGUUAGAGCUGGGCCAGCAGGGAAGCAGGACACUGGUGUCCUCCCCCAGCUCUAGGAAGGGAGGGGGUUUGAUUGGUCAGAGCAGCAUGGGGACUGGAAGCCAAGGCAACAGGAAAUAAAAAUAGUUCUCAGAAGUGAUGCGAGCUGGAGAGCGCCUUGUGCAGACAAAGGAAUGGAGCGGCUCUGUUGCCAGCCCCUGUAUGGAGCUGGGGGAGGGGAGCCUGGGUUCCAGCCUGGCUCUGAGGAAUCUGGUGUCUGGGGGCACAAAGGCAGAGGAGGGGACGUGGGUGGGAGGCCGGACACCUGGGUUCUGUUCACACAUUUGCCAUGACCUGUCCUUUCCCUCUCUGCCCCUGUGUCUCUCCAUGCUCCAUCACCCAGGGCACCAAUGCUGGGCAGCACCAGGCACUACUGCCUCACCCCACAGCAGGUCUGUGGAGGUGCUACAGCUCUUGCACUGCCAGGAGCAUAGGUGGUGGAAGGUGGGGGGCGCUAACUGGGCUCAGCCCCCCCAAACGCAGGCAGCCCGUAAGGCCCUAGGGCAGCCCAGCUGCAGGCUGCUGCAGGGGGGGAGGGGCGCAUGCACGCACAUACCCUGCACAGCCGGGAUCACAGCUGGCUGAGCAGGCAGGUUAGUUUCUUUCUGUUUUAUUUACCUGGGCUUCAGGGAGGCAGAUCGAGACCCCCACAGUUCAGGAGGCAGUGUGAUAGGAGCAGGGGCAAAUCAUUCACCCCUGCCCUGCUCCCUCCUGCACUGUGGGGAUUGCCCCAUGACCUGGCUUGGGUGGGGCCAGAUUCACAGGGCCAAGUCGUGGGGCAGUGGGAGCCCGGCGGCUGUUCCAGGGGCACGGGUGGGGGGCUCCCGCCACUCUGCAUACCACAGGGGAGCCAGGGGAGGGGGAGCACAUUUCUCCCCCUUGAUUCCCCCAUGACAUACCCCUGGAUGACCCGCCAGGCUCUAAUUGUCCUACAACCCGGGCCAGCCAGGGCUCCAUUCACGGUUAAUGGGGCCCCAGCCAUGCUGGGUCAUGGGUCAAUCAGAGCCCAGCAGCACCUCCACAGGUGGGCUACAGCUGUGAGUUGUGCUCUGCCUGCUCCAUGCCUCGCUGCUGCCUUUGAAAGUGGCACAGCGCCAUGUGAGUCCCACCGCUGGGCAGGGCAGCAAGACACAUGGCGUGUGAAAGAGACUCCAGGAGGAGUUGUGGGAGUGAGUCUGAAGUGGAAGAGUGACCCAUGAGGGCCUGCCCCCAGUGUCAUUGUGGAACACGAUAGCCUGGAUUGACUUUGGCUUAAUCUAUCCCACAUGGGCUUCUUCUGGAAGAAGAGUGUUCAUCUGCUCAGGGAGCAGCUCUGGAAGGGACAGGCCCUUGGGUGUAAUUUUAGUCUUUUUGUAUUAUAUUAUUGCUAGUUGUAUUUAAUUUUUUUCCUCCCCGAGUUUUUGACAUAACAGGAGAAAUCUCUAUUAGAAAUCUGGAACAUGAUUAGGGCCUGAGUCUGCACUCAGUCAUUUGACACAUUAUCACUUAUUUUGUGUGAUGACUGAUCAAUUUUUUUCCCCCUUCUUUAAGAUUUUCUUUACAUCUCUUCUUAGCUCACACAGCUUGCAGUGAACUUUAAACACGUAAAUAACACACACCACAAGAAGUGACUGGUUCUGAGCUCUCCUCCAUUUCCCGGUCCACAGGUCUCUGUGUGGCUGUUAGGGCAGCAACCAGAAGGCUGGGGUUGGCUGUGGGCCUUUGGCCAGGGGGAGGAUCAUGGCAGAUCUGGGGCUGUAACAAAGGCCUCUUGCCUUUGGACCAACUGAGGAUGCAAAACAACCUCCUGCCCAGGGUUCUUGCUGUUGCUGUCCAGAAAUUGAACCCCUCCUGGGUCCAUGAGUUUGGGGCAUGAGGCUUUCGCAGAGCAACUCCACCCUGUUGUCUUGGCUGUGGGUCCUAGGGCCCAGCCCUGUUCCCUGGUUGCCCAGCACAGAGCAGGGCUGCGCUGGUUUUCCAGUCACUUUCAGGACAACAAAGGUCUGUGCUGGGGGGGACCGUCCCUCUGGCGCAAGCAGCCAGGCUUGAGAGGGGGGAAGUGGGCUAGAAGCAGUGGGGCUGGGCCGAUGGAGAGGGCCUGGAGUGUAAAGGCAGUGCUGCCGGGGCACAGAGCAGGGCUGGACUGAUCAGCCCAGACCAGAGGAAGGAUAAGAAUGAAUGAGAACUAGACGGCCGUAUCAGCCUUGCAUGCACAGCCAGCCAGAGGGACGAGGGGCUGGGAGAGGGCUGUGGGGCCUAGCACACAGCCUGGACCUGUUGAGGGUUAGAGAGGAUGCGGGCACCUCAGGGGGAUGAUGGACAGGGGCUGGGACCCCCAAGGAGGCUGGGUCUAGAAGGCUGGUAUGACAUCCCCUUGGGGGAAUUUGGGGGGCUCCAUGCUCUGGGGACUUGUGCUGUGAUUAUGCCCUGCAAUGGAGAAUGGCUGGGGUCUUUCAGCAGAGGUCAGUGGGGCCAGAGCCCCAAAAGGCAUUGGGAUCCCUGAAUGAAUGCAGGAAAGGUCUCAGCUGGAGGUCUGUGACCAGGACAGGGGUGGAAGAAGGUGUGCCUUCUAGCCCCUCACCUGCCCCCUGCCCUGGGCAAGGGGCUUGGGGAAGGGUCUGUCCCUGAAGGCUGCAGCAGAGCUACCAGACCCCUCCCAGCCUGGCCUCCUCCGUGGGCAGAACAUGUCCCCAGUAUGACCGAUUCCCCUCAGCUCCCCACCCCCCAGGUUAUGACAGGACAGACCAGGAGCUAUGGCCUGGUCUCCAGAGCCAGGGGGAGCCAGGCUGUCGCCACUGGCUGUAUGCUAUCUGGCCCUCUCCACCCCCUCACCUGCACCCUGGCCCGGUCUGCUGCAAGGGGGAUGAUUGGCAGCUGUCCAUGGUGCUGGGCGCAGGGAGGAUUGUGGAGGUCAAGGGCGCAGUAGGGCAAUGCAAUCAUCAGGAAAGGGGAGAUGACCCCCUUGUGCCCCUUCCUCCCCAACACCUCAGGGCAGCUGUUUCCCUCUCCCUCCAUGAGGUGACAGGCCGCGGGGCAGGGAACAGGGAGACCCAGACCCAGGGGCUGAGGGACUUUGCACCCACAGAUGGGUUGGGGGGGCAGACCGCCGGGUUGGGAGCUGGGUGUUGGUCCCUCACCCCCAGGCCAGGCAGCUGGGCCCCAGGGCUGUGAGGUGCCAGGGACCAGCGGGGCUGGGUGCGGGGGGUGGAAUCUAGACAGUGCUGGGGCAGUUGGGGGCAGCGGGUCCUGAGGGGAGCUGUGGGGGAAGAUAAUAUGGCCCUGAGCCAUCUCAGUCAGGCCCCGGCUCUGCCCUUCCCCUCCAGGGACCCUGCAGCUGCCAGGUCCCCUUCUCCGGGGAGGAAGAGCAGUGACAGCUCAGUGCCAUGGCGGUUGUCUUGCUGUGCAGGUGGGUAAUGAGGGCAACGAGGAGGGGAACUGCAGCUGCCCCUUCAUCCCUGCUCUGAGCUUGCAUGGUGGGUCCUGAUGGCAGAGGGGUUCCAGCUUGUCACCCUGCAGAGGCUGAACGAUCCCAGGCCUGCAGAAACAAGGGUGCACAGGGGGAAGCAAUCCCCAGUGCAGCUUUGGCCCCCUUUUGGAGGGGGCACUUGGCAAAGGGGAUGUGAGGGGGGAAAUGGGGAGAAAUAGGGUAAAACCUGCAGAAAAUUUACUUUGGGGCUUGGGAACUGGGGACACACGGAGGAGAAUUUAUCCUGCUAUUUGGUGGCUGGUGAGGAAGAGGGCUAGAUCUGGGCGGAGGGAUGAUUCCCACCGUGUGCCUGUCAGGGAGUUGCUCAUGGAGAGGGAUUGGCUGUGUCAGUCUGAAGUCAGACAGAAGGCAGGGUAGACAGGUCCCCUUUGGUAGACUUUGAAGGCAGAGACAAACUUCAGCCAAAGCAGAAAACUAAGAAUCGUGCAAUUAGUAAACCAGCUUUUUUUGAUGUGAAUACUUCCAAUCCUCUUCUUCUUCUUCCCUUAACACCAGAGGAUCUAGGACAGGGGCAGGCAAUUAUUUUGGGCAGAGGGCUGCUUACUGAGUUUUGGCAAGCCAUCAAGGACCACGUGACAGGCAGCCCAGGGCAGAUAAAUAUUAAUUUUAUAAUUUUUUUAGGGCCGGCUAGAAUGGCCUGGCAGGCUGCAUUUUGCCAACCCCUGGUCCAGGAGGACAGGAGGGAAAAUGAUAUUAUUCUUGAUGAAAAAAAAAUGUGAAUGACUUCCACAUGCACAAGAAAUGAAAAACUUAACAGAAAAGUUCAAAGGUAAAGACUAUCAAUAAUAGAGGUUUCCAAAAAGUUCAAAGCAGCUAUGUGUGACUCUAUAUGUGCGUGCAGGCACACAUGCAUACUUUUUCUCUCCACUUUCUUUUUUUCCCCUUCAUGUGACCACUAGAAGAGAGAAAACCACUGCUAGCCACAGACUUUUAAACUACACCUUGUUGCAAUCAAAUCACUUCUUUUUGUUUGAAUUGUAUUGUAUCAGCUGUAGAUGACAGACAAUUGAACAGGAAACUGAGCCACAGGAUUCAUUCGAAUAAAGCUGAUGCAGUGU